UUCAAAAUGGCGCUUUCCAUUCGGUUUAACGUUAAAUCUGUAUUUCGCUAUAUUACGAAGAAUAAUUGCCCAAUAAGACUGUUUAAAGCCCAGCAAAGCACGGUAACAACGAGUACCCAUGAUGAGCGGGUCUUCUCUGGAAUCCAGCCUACAGGUGUUCCUCACUUAGGGAACUAUCUUGGAGCUCUAGAGAGCUGGGUGGCCCUGCAGGGAAAGUACAGUUCAGUCAUGUACAGCAUUGUAGAUCUUCAUUCCAUCACCCAGCCUCAGGACCCUCAGUGUCUCCGGGAGAACAUCCUGGACAUGGUGGCCAGUUUGUUAGCUUGUGGCAUCGACCCAACUCGCUCCAUUCUCUUCCAGCAGUCUCAGGUCUCUCAACACGCCGAACUCUCGUGGAUCCUGGGCUGCCUCACUAGCAUGCCUCGAUUGAGACACCUGCCUCAAUGGAAGAUGAAGAGCAAGCAGAAGAAUGAGGGCAGUGUGGGACUUUACACUUACCCGGUGUUACAAGCUGCAGACAUACUCCUCUACAAAUCCACACAUGUGCCAGUAGGGGAGGACCAGAUCCAGCAUUUGGAGCUCGCCCAGGACCUGGCCCGCAUCUUCAACAACCAGUACGAAGAGUUUUUUCCCGAACCUUGUGCCCUGCUCAGUUCCACUCGAAAGGUGAAAUCUCUCAGAGAUCCAUCCUCCAAGAUGUCAAAGUCUGACCCUCAAAGGUUAGCUACAGUCUUUUUGACUGAUACACCUGACGACAUUGUCCUCAAGAUUCGCAGGGCUGUGACAGACUUCAAUUCUAAAGUGACUUAUGAGCCUGAGAGUCGGCCGGGUGUAUCAAACUUAGUCGCUGUGCACGUGGCCGUGUCUGGACAGAGCGUGGAGGAGGUGGUCAGGCUGGCUGACGGUUUGGACACCGGACAGUACAAGAAUGUGGUCGCUGAGGCUGUUGUACAGAAGCUGGAACCCAUUCGGCAAGAGAUCCAGAGACUUAGGGCCGACAGGGGGUAUCUUGAGAGUCUGCUGGCUGAAGGAGCGGAGAAAGCUCGCUGCCUUGCAGCUCCUGUGAUGAUGGAGGUCAGGAAACGGGUGGGAUUCUGUUAAGCCAAUGAAUAUUGUUGUUGAAUAUUCAAGAAAUGCAUUGCAGGCAUGUAAUAUAUGCUAUGGAAAAGAGACUGAAAAGAACAUUUAAGGAUUCGAAACGUUUGGUGGUAACAUUGCUUUAUUGUCACCACUGAUUUUCCAAGUGGUUUUAGUGCUUUUGUCUUAUAUUUUCUAUUUAUUAAAUAAUAAAACAAACGUCUUUUUAUUUAUUGGUAUAUGAAUAACAUACACAUGUAGAAUACUUCUGACUCUCACAUGUGUCUCAGCGCACAUGCAUUACAUGCUGAGCAGGAAAAAUUGCCGAUCCAGGAGUGGUGGAAAACUCUUGCCAAAGCUUCUCAGGGCUAGAUGACAUUGCAGGCGCAUGGGAGGAAUGAUAGCAUGCUGUGCUUAAGAAAACAGUUUGAAUUUGAUUAUUUUACAAGAUUUAUUCGUAAACAAAAAUGCAGCAUUCCACUGUAUAAAUGUAAUUUUUAUGCACUUAUUUUUUUUAUAGAAGCAGAUGAAGACCAUGAAGGGAAAGGCAUUAAGUCUGAUGUCUAUUUAUUCAUAAAAUGUUUAUAUCACAAUUGAGGCCUUUUCUGAGUCAGUACUCUUGUUUAAUAAACAAAUGCUGCUCCUUUUAAACGUGGACAGAAACAUGUUACUUUUUCAGUUUGUAAGACAUAUGGGCUGCCAUUCACAUUUACAACCCAAGAUGAUUUGUUACCCUAUAUGCCUGUUAUUUUAAGAAUACUGAGUUAUCCUUGUAAUUUUAAAUUGGAAAAUAUUUUAACUCAUAGGUUUUCGUACCUAAAUUCACACAAAAAUAACAUUUCCUGGUUCGCAAUGACCUAUACCCUGCCAACAUAUCCUAAAUAAAGUCGUCAUAAAUCA